CAAUCCCACCAAGGAAUAUGGGCUAUAAAAGUGUUUCGGCAAGCUCUGAUAGUACUGAAAAGCUGAGGCUAACCAAGCAUUAAAACAAGGAUGAAGUAUCUGAUGCAAGGCUCGAGCUCAACCAAGGGUUGGAAAAUGCUUCUCCAGCUUUUCCUAGUCUCCAUCACUUUGAAUGCAGUUAGCAGUCAGUUACAGGCAACGACAUCGGCGAACUGUACAGGGCUUUUGAGAAGACCAGAGUACACUGACAUUGCAGUGGAUUGCAACACAAACUCCAUUAGCCUGGCCAUACAGCUCUGUCCGGCUGUCUACGCUGGCUUCAACGAGUCUCAACUUUUCCUCAACAACGUCAUGGACGACCCUAGCUGCAGAGGCACCGUGGACAUGACAGUCAGCCCUCCUCUCCUCCGCUACACCUUCCCUAUUAAUAUGACCAGCGCCUGUGGAAGCAUCUUCACGACCACCAGCGCUCCAGGCACCGGAAUAUUCUCCGACUUCUCCAACAUCCAGACGGUGAACAUCAGUGGUGUGGUGAAAUCAUUCGACACCACAAGCAGCGUAGUGACCUACAACACUGAGCUGAAAUACUACUUCUCAUGUGCCUAUCCUCUGGAGUACCUGCUUAACAACACCCAGGUCGAUGUGUCGUCCUCCGCCAUCGCAGUGAAGGACAAGAACGGUAGCUUCAUCAGCACACUGAGCAUCAAGCUGUACAGCGACCAGAACUACACCAUGCCCUUGUCCAUUCCUACUCAGGGCAUUGAGCUGAAGACUAAAGUCUACGUUAUGGUCCAGGCCAUCAACCUCACCACUCAGUACUAUGUGAUGCUGGACAGAUGCUAUGCUUCAGUGUCCCGUUUCCCAAACAACUCCACCUUCUUCAAUCUCUUUGUUGGGUGCUACAAAGAUCAGAUGACCACCAUGCAUGAGAACGGGGUAAGUCAGAAGGCUCGCUUUUCCUUCCCAGCCUUCAAAUUCAUGGAGCAACAGAACCAAACCAUCUCAAGAUACUACCUGCACUGCAUCACCCGACUGUGCGAAAUCUCCACCUGCAAUAACUUUCUGUCCUGUCCCAACGGCAGACGAAGAAGAGACGUGGACACUACCCCCGCCACUUUGGAAAACGGACUCACAAACUUCACCACUCUAACCUCCCCCCUCAUCAUCACCCGAUCUGACGCUGCUGCAUCAUCGAAAGAGCAAGCUCUGACCGGCAGCAGCUCUCGUUCAGACUCGUCUGUGGGACUUGGCGUGGCUGUGGGCAUCCUGGCGUUCGUCUGUGUCGGCAUUAUUGGAGCAGCUGUUAUCAUCUACAAGAAGCUCCUUGCUUCUGGCGGCGGCAAAAUCCUCCGCAGCUAAAUCUCCUACAGACUGCUGUGGCUCUGCUCCAUCUCCGAGAGAGGGCAGCUGGCGGCCCGUCCGUAUCCGGCCAAACUAUCUUACUUGAUUUCUAUAGUACAACUUGGUGAAUGUGCAGCGUCUGUAGCCAAUGAGAAUGUAAAUAUCAGUGAGGUUUAGUGAAGGAAGAAGGUAACUCGUCACCGGCUUUGGUUCUAUCACUUUUAAACGUUUUACACAGCGGCAGGAAGAGGUUCAACUCUUAAGGCGGGGCUUUGAGAGAUUUGACUUAUGGGUAAAAAGGUAUAAAAAUAUAUGGCACUAUAGUUUAUAGAUAGGGGGCAGGAAUGCUUUUUUUUUUGUUUGUUUGUUUGUUUGAGAUUUUAAGUAGAAUCUAUUCAAAUUGAAAGUAAUUUAUUUUAUUUUGACACACAUAUAUAUAUAAUAAUUGUAAUAAUACUUCUAUACAUUUAGCCCCUUCCCAAAGAUCUGUUGAUAUAGAUCAUCCACAGAAAGUGUCAUUUGUUACUUUUGUUGGAGAUCUGAUAAAUGAUAUGAUGCAAAAUGCCACGUAUCAAGUAUUGUAUGAAGUAUUGAUCAUUUUUAACCAUUUUAAACUUGAAGUAGUCAGCUCAAAUUGCCAAAUUGACACUUUAGACACUUCAAACCAGACAAAAACUCAUUUCUUCUAAUGCAUGCAAUAGAACUCACUAUCUGGGGUAAUUAGCACAAUAAAUGCAAAUGCAAAUCAAAGGGCUUUGAAGGAAUUAUGCCAAGAAAGGAUGAAAAGUUCUCCUGGUUAAAUGUUUGAAAUGUACUUGCACUUUGUAUAAGUUCUUCAUUAUGACUAAUUACAAAAUACUACCUAAAUUGCACAUGUAUGUUUGUGAUUCAUUCACUAAUGCAUGCACUAUUAUGAAUAAACAUCAUCUAACUAUUAAAGUGA